GACGGCCGAUGAUGUCAUCGGAGGAGGAGACCGAGUGUUUCGCCCUCUACGGAGCAACCACGGAAAGCAAGCAACAGCAACUCCUGAAGAAGCAGAAGCGCACCAGACAGCGCGUGGACGCCGGCGAGCCACGCAACAGCUACUCGAGCAUACCGAACUUUAGCUCCCGGCCAUCCUUCCUCGGCGGUGGUCUGUACGGCUCGAUCUUCAGUGGUAGCGGGCCGACGUCGCAUCAGCAACAACAACAACAACAGCAGCAGCAGCAACAACAACAACAUCAACAGCAGCAGCAGCAGCAACAACAACAACAACAGCCACAGCUCCAUCAACAUCACCACCAGUCACAGCAGCAACAGCAGGCUGGAGCGGCUGGUAGUCAAGGUCACUUGGGUGCAGCGACGACGGGUCCUACAACCCAAAAGCAUUCCGCCCACUUCGGCUUCUUCGGGGCAUCGGGCUUCGGCCCCGCCAAGAUGCUGAACGAAUUACUCGGACGGCAGGUCAAGCAGGCCAGUGACGCCGGCGGUUCGCCGCCAGAGGGCGGACACGGGAUGACCGGUGCCGGCAUGGAUCCAAACGCGAACCUCCAACCGGGGGCAGUCGUCAAUUGCGACGACCCCGCCACAGCCGAGUUAACGCAACACAUGCUCCGCGACAUUCUCCAGGGUCGAAAGUUGCCCGCCCUUUCCGUGCAAGAGCAACCAAACAACAACAACAGUAUACAUAGCAACAAUAAUAACAAUACCACCGCGGAUAUCCUCAAGUCCCAGCAACAGCAUCAGCAAAGUCCCCAACAACAGCAUCAGCAGAACAGUGAUAGUGCGCGCAGUGGAACAGUGCAGAGUGGCGGAGAGGAAAGUGGUGAUGGCAAUAAUGUCCUCGUGAAUAGCACGAACCACAGUGAUCGUGAUACGGUGAUGCCUGCUGACGCGGAGGAUAGCGCCGAGGACGCCGCCUCCACGGCACGUGCCAUGGAGGAGGCAUUCGCUGAGGUAGGCAUCGAGCCCGGUACCAAUCUCGAUGGCUCCGAUUGCGAUCAGAGCUUACCGCCCAGUCCCACGGCUCCGAGGUCGGCCUCGGUAUCGGUUAAGGAGGAAAUUCAGGACUCUUUGAACAUCAAGCGUAGUCCUAGCCAUUCUCCUUGCCCGAUCAUACCUAAAACCGAGACGAGCUCUCCUACGACGGAGUUGAAGCGCGCUCGGGUGGAAAACAUUGUUAGCACGAUGCGCAGUAGCCCCGCGCUUCAGCCUACUCCGGUAAACGGUUGUAAGAAGCGAAAGCUCUAUCAGCCGCAGCAACAAACCGUGCACCAUGUUCUCCAGCACGGUAUCAAUGACACUAUGAUGGACGACGAGGAGGAAAGCGAGGAAGAAGAUGAUCAAUCGACGAUAAAGCAAAAACGAAAGCAGAAGGCCUCUCUGAAGAGUCAGCUCAAGAUAAUGCACGAGCAACUCGCGGAGAUGCAAGCAAAGUAUUUGGAACUUUCGAGCAAGGUGGAGCAUGACACGAGUGAGAGCAGCGACGCACCCGCCAGUCCGCAGCAACUACCCGAACCACCCCCUAGACCACCGAGACCUCACCCACCGGCGUUCAACGGCCUCCAGACUCUUCCGCCCGACCAUCCGCAUGCCGCGGCAGCCGCCAUGUACCACAUGGGUCAUAAACUGUACCUCGGACAUCAGCAGUCCGCACUCGAAAGGAUGAAGCAGCAUCAGGAGGCGACCGUGAGACAGCAACAACAGCAGCAACAACAACAGCAGCAACAGGUGCAACAACAGCAGCAGCAGCAACAGCAGCAGCAGCAGCAGCAGCAGCAACAGCACCAGCGACAAAGUUCUCCACAACCGCCUAGUCAAGCGCAGCAACCGAAUCAGAGCAAUACCGGACCGUCCACGCCGCAAACGCCACAACAGCUGACCAGCAGCAGCACGUCCCUGCAACAGAAGGACUUCCAAGAAAGGUUAAACGUCUUCAGGGGCGCAGCUGCGGCGGCAGGUUCCUCGGGACCACACAUCACCGGUGCGGAUCUCGAAAUUCUGGCGGACAUUCUUAAAACGGAAAUCUCUUCGUCGUUCGCUAAUCUGAUCGACAGUAUAGUCGCGAGGUUUGUUCAACAAAGGAGGAUCGUCGGUAAGCAAAGCGAGGCGGCACAAGUAGCCACCGAGCAGCUGAACAAGGAUAUCCUGAUAGCGACUCAAAUGCUCGAAAGGAAAUCGCCAAGGACGAAGGUAGUCGACAGGGGAGCUCCACAACCUACCGGUGGCCCAAACGGGCCACGGGGGCCCCUAACCGGUGGGCCCCCUCCAACGCAACCAACGGCUUUUUCCCAAAUAGGGCCCAUGGCUGGUGGGCACCAUGGUCCUCACUCUGGUCCCACAGAAAAUAAUUUAAAUCAGAUGAAUCAGCUACCCCCACACGUCAGGCCCGUUGGGAUGUUUCAGACACCGAUGCCGCAAAAAAUAUACGGCAUCGGACCGAUGCAGUCGCAACAGCAGCAACAACAGCAACAACAGCAGCAACAACGCGAACAGCAGCAAAGGGAGCAGCAACAACGCGAACAAUAUUGUAAUCUGAGGAACGACGAGAGGGAAGUCAGGGAUUCGGAACAGAACGAGGCUCUCUCCCUCGUCAUGACACCGAAGAAAAGGCGCCAAAAGGUAACCGAUACGAGAAUCACACCAAGGACUGUAUCAAGAAUUCUUGCGCAGGAGGGCAACGGAUCUCAAGGAGGCAGUGAAAGUCCUCCGCCAGCUCCACCACCGAGACCUUACCACGCGCCACCACCAAUGCUGCCAGUGUCCCUGCCAACAAGCGUAGCGAUACCAAACCCGAGCCUUCACGAAAGUCAGGUGUUCUCGCCGUACUCGCCGUUCUUCCCGGGAAUCAACACCCCACGUGGGGGCCAUGCAGGUCAGGUACCAGCAGCGGGAUCGCAUCAGUUGCCUGCGAGUCCUCCAAGUGGACGUGUAGAACUCAGGGAUUCACCUCCACUUUCGCAUGCCCCGGCCAUGUUGCAUCCUGUUUUACUCGCGGCUGCACAACACGGUAGUCCGGAAUAUGGACACCUAAGGAUGGACAACAACGACCGUGUUAGUGAUUGCAACUCCGGAGACAUCGGCUACGACGGAAUUCAGCCUACAUCGUCGACGCUGACGCCGAUGCAUCUGAGGAAAGCGAAGCUGAUGUUCUUCUGGGUAAGGUACCCGUCUUCGGCCGUCCUCAAGAUGUACUUCCCCGACAUCAAGUUUAAUAAAAACAAUACAGCGCAGCUGGUCAAGUGGUUCUCCAAUUUCCGGGAGUUCUACUACAUUCAAAUGGAGAAGUACGCGAGACAAGCGGUUUCGGAAGGCGUGAAAAACGCCGAAGACCUCCGAGUAGGAGGCGAUUCCGAAAUCUAUCGGGUGCUGAACCUACACUACAACCGUAACAACCACAUUGAGGUAUGGGAACCCCAGGUGCCGAGCAACUUCAGGUACGUGGUUGAACAGACGUUAAAAGAAUUCUUCAAGGCGAUCCAGGGUGGUAAGGACUCUGAGCAAAGCUGGAAGAAAUCUAUCUAUAAGGUGAUUUCGAGGCUGGACGACCCUGUACCAGAGUACUUCAAGAGUCCAAACUUUCUGGAGCAGCUUGAAUGAAUCAGGAGGUCGCGUGGCUCUUGCUCUUCGUGGUGCUCGGGGCCACCGACGCUAGACGGUUCCCAGUAAUCAAAAGAAGUAAAAGAAAAGGAAGAUUGAAAACGGCCGAGAUGAAGAGGAAGGAUCGCCACCACCAGCAGCGUUGUCGUCAUCGCCGUUCGAGGGACACUCGACUCCCUCGCACGUACACGUUCAGGUAUCCUAAAAUAACAUAUCGAAAAACGAAGCUGAAAUGGCGAGGAGUUAGAACGACGCGUUGUGAGAAAAGAAGGAAGAAGAUGAGCGUCGUGAAAUCCGUCGAAAUCGGGAAAUAAUAUAAAAGCGUACACGGACGAGAUCGACCGACGAAGGAUCAGGCUGUGACCUAAUCGCGAUAUAUCGUAAGAUCGUACGAGGGAAAUCAUUAGGAGAGAAUAAACGAAAAAGAACGAAAACGUAUACAAGAAAAAGUGAAAGAGAGUAUUAGUCGAUUUACUCGACGAAUGACGAGAAACCGCGAGUCAACGAUCGAGCACGAACAAAAUUUUGAAUUUCGAUCGUGUUCGAGACUUUCUUUCGUAGGGUCUGUUUGUUAAUGUAAAAAAAGGAGAUAGAAAGAAACGAAAAAUGCAUUAUUAUUACCCGCCUAACUUUUAAGUCUCUGAUUCUUUCGAAAUCGAUGCGACGAAUAGGAAGUAAGCCUUCGAGGACGGGACUGCAUUCAUGGGGAAUGGUGAGUUGUUCUCGCCAUUAUUAAAAGAAUAAAAAAAAGAAAAGAAAAGAUAAAUUAAAGAAAAGACGUCACUGCUAUCGAGGAUCGAUAGAUGCGUGGAGCACGUGGUCGAGUAUCUUUCGGUGAUCUCGAACAACUCGAUGGAUCAUCUUCUGCUUUUCGAGAAAUACCGGAAGAGGAUCCUUCGACGAUUCACCGAGAAACGAUCUACGACGAAUGGCUCUCGUUGCCCUUCGUCCUAGAUCGUUUCUACGGUGUGAACUAAAAGCAAGGAGAAAGAGAAAAAAACAAGAAAAUAAAACAUUAGUAACAAAAAAGAAACUGUGGUCCAAAAAUGUCGAUCCAUGUGGUCCACGCUUUUACGCGAUCCUCGGAAAAAAUACCUCAAAAAUGAAAAUCUUUAUCUCGAUGUAAUGUCGAUGGACGGAGAAAAUUUUUGUUGUUUCGAAAUUUUAUGGUGUCUUCGUCGUCCCCAGGAGUGCAUGCCCGUUCGCGACGCAUCAUCGAAAAGGGCUAAAGGGGUAAAGGGUUGCUUUUUUUGGGAACUAGCACGUACUACUUUACUUUAACGUACGAGAUGAAACGUGACGGUGAGAUCUUCCUCUUAGAAAAAAAAAUUCCAAGAAGAAAUGAUCACGCGUGCGUGAGAUCAACGACGUUAUCCUUUAUGCUCGUCGUUCGCGAAGAUCGCGCGAGUUCUAGUUGAUCUUAACGAUCAACGACGACGAUCUCUCGAUGUUUCUUCGUCAACGAACAAGACCAAUUGAAUUUAAGUUGUCAACAAUCAAUGACAAAUAAAUCGACGUGAAAAUGCUUGGCCGGCGAAAGAAGAAGUUCUUCUUAAGAAAAGAGAGAUUCAAUUUCCUAAGAAAUUUCGUUCUUCGCUUCUCGCGCUUCUUGCAAUCGAUCGAACGAUGCACGAGAUUUUAUCCCGAUUAUUAAUAUAUAUAUAUAUAUAUAUAUAUAUAUAUAUAUAUAUAUAUAUAUAUAUGGUAUAUAUAAUAAUCAGGUUAGGCUAGUCGCGAUAACGAGAGUACGAGUAUUAAGAGCAAAGAGAGAAAAAGAGAAAGAGAGAAAGAGACAGAGGGAGAGAGAGAGAGAAAGAGAGAGAGAGAGAGAGAGAUAAGAUAGAGAGAUAGAAAGAGAAAGAGAAAGAGAGGAGCGAUCUGACGUGGAAGAAACGAGCGUGCGCCGGCGAUGUUGUCCUAAAUAUAGACGAAACUAAAGCUAAUUAAUUAAUUAAUUAAAUGAUUUUAAUAACGCCGGUGCGUGCUAAAAUUAUAUCUAAAUAUAAAAGUAGAGUUAUAUUGAACACUUAUAUAAAAGUAUAUAUGUAUAUAUACUUAUAUAUAUAUGAAGAUGAAAAUAUAUAUGUAUAUGUAUACUCAUACACAUACACAUGCAUAUAAAAUAAUAGAUUUUUAAUUCGAGAAAGGAAUGCUGGCGCGACUGUUAGCAUUUAACGAGUGAGGAGAAUGCACGACGAAAGGGUCUCAACUUCUCGCGGACCCCUGUCUGUUCGUUGCACAGGCUGCGUUAAAAAUACGAACAACGUCGUUUCUGCGUUCUCGUCGCUGCCUUUUUUUUCGCAAAAGAAAAACCUGUAGAUACGGUACAACGUUAAUAUUAAAAAUAUUUCGGGUAGUAGCGAGUCCUGAUAUAAUAUAAGCACACUCCCAAUCCCUCCUCACCACUUAUUCCCCUCACCUUUAUUACUGUCGCUAUUACAUGCACCAUUAUUAUUAUUAUUACCAUUAUUAUUAUUAUUAUUAUUAUUAUUAUUAUUAUUAUUAUUAUUAUUAUUAUUAUUAUUAUUAUUAUUGUCUUCAUUAUCGUCACAGACAGUACGAUUAUUAUUAUUAUUAAUCUUUAUCAGUCUAUGUACAUGAGGAUUUUAUUAAGACCACGAUUAUAAUAAUAAUUAUUAUACUAUUAUUAUUAUUAUUAUUAUUAUUAUUAUUAUUAUUAUUAUUAUUAUUAUUAUUAUUAAUAUUAUGAUUAUCCUCAUUAUCGCGGUCAAUUUAGUUAAUUUUAAAUUAAGUCCGUUACUUCGAUUCCAUGCCAACGGUUCUUAAUGUUUUUGUUUCUCGAACUCGAUUGCUUAUUCUCUCUUUACCUCUAAUGCUUCUUCCAAAAAAUUGUACAUCCCCAAUCCCAAUAUUACGCUGUAUCUUUUCUCUAUACGUCUAGUUAUUGCAUUAUUAUUAUUAUUAUUAUUAUUAUUAUUAUUAUUAUUAUUAUUAUUAUUAUGUUAUUAUUAUUAUUAUUAUUAUUAUAUUAUUACUAUUAUCAUUGAAAAUUAUACCGGUAGCAUGUGACGUGCAGUACACAAACACACUUUUUGCAAGCGGUGAGUCUUAACCUAGUCACAAAUCAAUAUUUUUUAAUUAAUCGACGAUCGAUUUAUUGAUUAUUUUAUUUAUUAUUCACGACAAUAAAACAAAGAAAAAAAAUUGAAUUUAAUUUGAAUUUUAAUUUGUCGAUUACCAAAAUAUUUUUCUUUUGCAUUUAUUUCUUAUAUCCUAAGUUUCUUCGAAAAGUGCUGGCCGAAAAAAGAAAAAAAUUCCUCGCUUCCGAAUGUUCCAUAUAAGUUAUUAUCGACUGCCAACCCGGCCUACCUUUAUGCGAAGUCGAAGAAAAUUUGGUCCAUAAAGAUCAACGAAGAUGUCAUCGAGGUCAUCAAGGAUUUGAGGAUCAUAGAUCGCGAAUAAAAAGAAGCUUCUUUUGUGUAAAAUGAACAGGAAAAUAAAUGUUAAUGACGAAAGCGAAUCUAGAAACGAUCGAAUUAAAAAGGGGUAAACGAAAAUUUCGAUUCGUAAAUACUCAACUUUGGCCUAAACUAAGUGGCUACUUAUUUUCUCGGCGUUGGCCUAAGAUUUUGGUCUAACUAUUUAUGAAUAAAGAAACGUGGGCGUUAUUCUCGUUUGAUUUUCAGAAAUGAAACGAAGUUGUUUGAAAUCUCGAUCGACAAUUGAUUUUGAUCCCUCAUAACAGGGUGGCACGAUAUAUCUCGUUGGUCGAAAAGAAAAAAGAAAAAUGAAAUGUCCUUGCUUCGCAUAUUAUUACGACAGUUUCCUUUUCCAUUUUUUCCUAUAAAACGGAUUCGCAACGCUCUGCCGGCGUAAAUAGGAAAAAAAAUUAUUCAUCGUACAAUAAUUACGUCUAUAUGCUUCUACGUUGCACUCGUCUUUCUACGAUACUCGAACCUCGUUGAAAAAUCGUCCUAUAAGAAAAGAAAAAAAGAAAAACCGUGAGAAAUUUUAUUCGCGCGUUAUCAUAUUGGCCUUACGAAAUGUUUAAUCGUUGAACGUAUUCAUUGAAUAAUUAAUUUUUUUCCAAGUUAUUUAAUAACAAUUCGAGCUGCUUUGCACUUUCACGUCGAUAAACGCCCAUAUGAUUAUCUUUGAGUAUCUUAUCGUCGAUAAGAACUUGACCUUUGCAAAUUUCGGUAUCGAUAUUUAUUCUGCAAAAGCCUUGACGUAUUUCAGGACAAAGAACAAAAAUAUAACGAACAACACUAUCCCCUAUUAUAAUCUUAAAAUAUUAUUUGCAACAGCCUGUCGAAUUCCACGGAAUACAUAUGCACAUAUACACACUGACACGAUCGAUAGAUCUAUUUCUUAUUUUAUUUAAUUAGUACGUACUUAAUGAAACCUUGACAAUCAUAAAAAUUUCUCCUAACGAUUACUUUAAUAACAUUUCUAAAUAACGAUAAAAAUAAUUUUACGUGAUUCAGACUCGUUAAUGAAAAAAAUAAUAAUAUUUAAUCUAACCGGAUCUCUCUCGUUAAUUUCCUUAAACCUCGAGAGCUAAAAACCGCAAAUUGAUCUAAAUUAAAUUAAAUUAAAACUCUAAUUAAAUAAAAAUAAUAGCAAAAAUAUCUUUGUCCUGAUGAUAUAAAAAUGACAGACCUUAAAACCGUAAGAUCGGCUUGACUCAAUCGAAGAGUAAAAAUAAUAAUCAUUCAAUAUGAGAAAACGGGCUUGCUCCUUUUCGCGUGAUUCUUCGAGGUGGUCGUCCAUCGAUCGAGAAUCGAGAGAAAUUAUUUAUGAAACGCGAAAAUUUUUUUAAAUAAUGAAAAGAAAAGAGAGAAAACUCUAAGAGACGGAACAUACAAAGAGAAACGAAGAGAGAGAGAGAGAGAGAGAGAAAGAGUGAGGCACCGAACGAAUAACAAGGAAAGAAAGAAAGAUAGAAAGAAAAAGCCUUUCGCCGAGACGAUAUCAUUCAAGUCUCCCCUUUCGAAGACUCGUUGAAGGGAGAGAGAGAGAGAGAGAGAGAGAGAGAGAGAAAGAGAGAGAGAGUGAGAGAGUGAGGGAGUGAGAGGGAGAGAGAGGGAGAGAAAGAAAGAGAAGGGGACUGUAAACUCUUUGUCAUCCGAUCGACGCUGUCAAUUUUAUCGACGAGUUGUCGUCCUUCGAUGAUCGAGAGUUACGGAAAAAGGACGUAGAAAAGUUCGCGUACUGCGUACGCUACGAGAAAGGGGAAAAAAGCGAAGGAAAAUCGUGGAAAAGCAACGAUCGGACUCUCUCGACGAUUUUACGGAUGCGCGACGUCUACUACACCGACACACAGACACAUACUCAUUUAUAUACGAACGGACGGUAGAAGGAGACGAUAAAGAGAAAAAGAUGGGAAUAGAGAGAUGGAGAUCGAACGGCGUGAAGAAACGUUUGUAUUUCCUCGGUCGGUGGCGAAAAAUUGAGAUCCCUAUGUAAAUUUUAUUAAGAAGAAAAUAAAUUGAAAUAGAGGUCGAUCGAGACUCGCCGUUAAUUAACAUUAUUUGGCGCGACUGGGCCGAAGCGUGCGGAGAACGAGCACACGGAACAAGACGAAACGCGAUAAUAAACAUUAUACUGAGAGAAAGAGGAAACGAGUGAUAGAGAGAGAGAGAAAGAGAGAGAGAGAAAGAGAGAGAGAAAGAGAGAGAGAGAGAGAGAGAGAGAGAGAGAGAGAGAAAGAGAAAGAGAGAAAGAAAGAAAGAAAGAAAGGAAGAAAAAAGAGAGAUAAAACGAAAAGAAGACAAAAAAUAAUGCGCAAGAGGCGAAAGGAAUAAUGAGCAUACGUACAUACAUAAAUGCGUAAGUUUUAAGAAGACGUAAGCAGAAUUAAGUAAUAGUAUCUAACGUUAACACAUGCAAGCUAUUAAUUAUUAUAUUAUCGAUUAAUUAAAGAUAUAAAAAAAAAAAAACAAACCGAGCGGAAGGUCGUAUCACGCUGCAGAUGAAGAAUACUUACUUAAGAUUAAUGAAAAAAAAAAGACACACACACACUAAUAAACUAAUUAUUAUUGUACGAUUAUAUUAUAUUAUUAUUACGAAUAUGACUAUCGAGUUCGAGAUUAAGUCGUGAUAAAGAAAUAAACUGAGAGAAAGGAAGUGAGAUAGAAAGAAAAAGAUAGAUCACAAGCGAACGAAUGAACGAAUGAACGAACGAACGAGCGAAUGUACUAAAGAAGGGAGAAAGAUCGAAUGCAAGCGAGAGUGAAAGAAAAAGAAACGAGAGAAAGGGAGGGAGAAAAAAAAGUCGAGUGUUCGUAUGAGUGCGAACGAAAGUGAAGAAGCGAAUGAGAGAGUGAAAGAAUGAUAGAGCGAGAGACAGCGCGCGCGAAAAUUCUUUGUAAGUUCAUUGAGAAUAAUAAUUCCUCAAACUAUUAGGAUCAUAAUUAGGGUUAACUUAAUCGGUGAAUGCGCGAUAGCGGAAGCGACGAGGCUAUAUACAGAUAUGAAAGGAGGAGGAAGCGGCAGAGAGAUGAAACUUUUUCUCCGUAGAAUUGCAACGACUCCUUUAAUCGCGUCUUUCGGUUUUUUUUCGCGUGUGCGCGCGUGAUACACACAUUGAGAAUAAAAAUAAAAAUUAAAUUAACCAAUAAUAAUAAUAAUAAGAAGAAAAAUAUGCGAAUCGAGGAGGGAAAACGCGUGAAUGGGACAAGGGUGUCUGCGAGAGAAAAAAGAAUAGUCGAAGACAGAAUAAGAGAGAGAGAGAGAGAGAGAGAGAGAGAGAGAGAGAGAGAGAAAGGGGAAUAUAUAUAAUAUAUAUCGCGUGCGUACGCAAAAAAAAAAAAAAAAAAAAAAGAAAAAAAGGAGAAAAGAAAUAAAAACUAAUUGUUAGCACCGAGUGAGCAAAACUUUUCUGUGUGAUAAUCUCGUAGUACACGUAGCGCGUUAAGUCUACUAUACGUUUUCAGUAAGAGAACUAAAGGUGUGAAAUGGAAUUUUUUUUCUUCGGUAAAUUCGGAGAUGAAAGACGAGCGUGGAGCUUCCGAGUAUUCGUUUACCUUCUUUUCUUUUUUUUCAUUUCAUUCCGAGAGGCCACGAAAAAGGGGAGAAUAAUUUUUAUCGAGAUUUCACUCGAAGCAUCCCUUCGCGGCUUCGACGUAACGACAUAUCAUCCUUAAUAAUGUUAUCGCAAUUGACUGUUAUGAAUGAAUUUUUCGUUACAGAUAGAAAGAGGAGUUCGUCGACUACUCCGACUCCUCUAUAUUAUCUUCUAAUUAAUUAAUAAUCUUAAGUUCCUUCGAUCCAAUAUUCGUCCUCGACUCUGGUUCCCAAGGAUAAAAAGACGACGGUUUUCCGUUUAGAAAUUCUCACAUAAAUGAUACUUUACAGAGUGACGAGUCGCAGUCGAUACUCCUGCCUCGUCGACACACUUUCUUUUCGCGUCGAUGCCCGACGGUUAUACGCAUAUGUAUUUGAUAAGAGAAUGAACGAGUAGAAGAAGAACGAAUAAUUGUUUCUUAGACCGACGAUACGUUCGAUCAGUCCUUCAAACGCUCUGAUUUGCAGGCUACCCGACGAGAGGCUGUCGAUACUCCAGCUCUCGAUUCACCUGCGAUCAUAGUAUACAUACUAUACUAUACUCCCAUGCAUACAUAAUGUUAACGAAUAAUUUACGUGCCUUGGAACCAUAGUCGAUGCAUAACGAACGGAUCACUUUUUUCCUCUUAACUCGAUAUCGGAAGCCUCUCGGGAUAGCGACAUACUUUGGAGGAUUCACGCGAGUAAGCUGAAUUGCGGGAUUGGACGAAUGGGUGAGAGGGAGGGUGGGAUAGGUCGAAGGUUAUUUAGGAAGAAAAAGGUGUGCGCAAGAGAAAGAGAGAGAGGGAGAGAGAGAGAGAGAGAAAGAGAGAAAGAAAGCGAAAGAAUGCGUGUGUGUCGAGGAUGAGAGAGAUGUAGAAGCAUAGAAGGGAGCCAAGUGUCCUUGAUGCGACCGUCGUUGAAGCCACGAAAUCUCGCGAUCUCAACAGGUGAUUUUUUUUAUUCGAACGGAUGAUACAUUUAAAGAAACGGAUAUUAUAUAUAUAAAACAAAAAGGAAUGGAAAGAGAAAAGUUGAGAGAGUACGAGGGAAAAAGUCACGACUGAUAAGAAAUCCGUGUUAAUUGUGAUUUCGGAACUGAGUUCGGAGCCACGGGCGAGAUACGUUCGGCGCAAACCGAUCCUAUAGAAUGAGAGAGAAAGAAAGAGAGAGAGAAAGAGAGAAAGAGAGAGAAAGGAAAAAAGAGAGAGAGAGAGAGAGUAAAUGGAUUAGAGAGAAAGAGAAAAUGUGAAUGUACGUCUACGUAUGCUCGCGUGGUCGAGAAAAAAUGAGAGAAAGAUGUGAAAUUGUGGAUGAAAGCGAGUUUAAGUGUUGAGAGGUGAAAUUAAGGGAGAAAAAAGAGAAAUCGUAAAAAUUAUACAGAGAGAGAGCCGGCCUCCUUGACUACCGGGAGGCCCGCGAUAUAUGUAUUGUAGAGAUCGUCUAGGAAAAAAAUGAUAAACUAGGAAGAAACUUGAAAACUAGGAGAAAAUUAUUAGGCCAGUUGUAUAAGUAUAAUAAGAUUAUCGCGGAGUUCUUACUCCACCCCAUCCUUUUCGUGCACGAUACUUUUUCGGCAAUUCUUUCGGACUUGAGAGAAAUUGUAUGAAUGAGAGAAUGAUGAAUCGUAUGUGAGCAAAACGAAGAACGAACGAAGAAGAGAGAGAGAGAGAGAGAAAGAAAGAGAGAGAGAGAGAGAGAAAGAGAGAGAGAGAAAGAAAGAGAGAUUGAAGAAAACAAAUUUUAUCGAGAGAAGGAGAUACAAGAUCGAAGGAUCCAUCCUGGUCCGUUAUCCGACUCAGUGGCGCUAUCAGGGAUAGAAAGAAAGUUGUGAAUGAGUUAGAAUGAUAGAGUAAGAAAGAGAGAGAAAGAUGAAGAGUCGAUUGCACAGAAGCAAGGAAACAUGUGCAUAUACGGAAUGGCAGAUACAUAAAGUGUCAGUAUAUCCAUCCAUCUAUCCAACCCUUCAAUCACCUCGAGUAAAAUGGCAGGAACGAAAAUCAUAAAGCACGUAUCAGAGCAAGAAUGUAAAAAAUGUUAUCGAAGAGAUAAGCCUGGCAAAUUCCGUUUGAAAAUGGAAUUUCUGUCGAGGCUGUUCCAGUCUUCCUUCACCAUCAAGCUCUAACGUGUUUUUUCUUAAUUUUCUUUUUGUUUUAUUCUCCUUCCUCAAACUAAAGUUCAAUACAAUAUAUUUUAAACAAACUGUUCUAGUACGUUCACAUUCGAGCUUUCCCAUUAAUCCUUCUAAGAAAUGAUUCAGAACAUUUACUUAUACUUAUUUAUUCCUUCCGUAAUUUCUAAUACAAUUCUAUACUCUAUGUUAAUAAAUAAGAUGAAAAAGAUAGAAUAUUAUUUAUCUAUAGAAAGAACGAAAGAGAGAAAGAAAGAGAGAGAGAGAAAGAGAGAGAGAAAGAGAGAGAGAGAGAGAGAGAGAGAGAAAGAGAGAAAGAAAAUUGAAAGCGAAUGCACGCGUGUACCGAGAAGAGCACACACGAGACGAAAAAUGUGAAUAAUGUUAAAUGUCGAUAUUCCUGGAGUGUGUUACUCGCACAUAACGUCUCAGCCAGUAGUCGUGUUAGGUUAUAUACGUAUUAUCGUUGUAGGGAAUUGUAGGUGUAUUUAACGAAAGAAGAAAGAACAAAAAAAAAAGAGAAAGAGAGAGAAAGAAAGAGAGAGAUAAAGAAGGAAAUAAAGAACAAAAAUUAUUAAGACACUUAUUUAGUGAAGAAACGAAGGAAGCGAGGAUGAGCACUAGGCAAGUCACAGAAAAGAAAACAACAAGUAAAAACCCUACGUCGAUGUGUGAGGAUGUGAGCUAGAUCGCCGCGUUGAGUCCAAUGAAGUCCUCAGUGAUAUGCAAUGGAGACCCUUCGGAAUAAAGGAAGAAAGAGCAUCCGACCGACAGUCUCGUCGACCAUAUUCGUCUCUUAGAGAAAAUCGAACGACGUCAUCGAUAAAUGACGCGGAUAAUUAACGAUCGAUGUGUAUAUAUAUUUAUACCUAUCGGAGCAGUUAGUAUAUAUGAAUAUAUGUAUAAGCUCGUAUAUGUAUAUUUAUAUAUAUACCUAUAUUAUAUUCUAUAAUAUACCAUAUAUCAGAUGCAGGACAUGCACUCGAAGCCCAAUCGUUCCUGUUACAUUGGCAAACGUACCGAUAAACGCUGAUUUUUUCCGCUGAACCUCAGAAAUCUUUCAUUAAUGAGAAGCGUUUAUAAACCUAUCGAUGGACGAAUUUGACGACUUGCUCGGUCGGCUGGAACGUCUUGUGGGAAUUGUUUUUCUGCGCUCUGGUUGGUCGACUUUCGGCCCAAAUCUGGAGCACCAUUGUGACACUAGCGAGUACAUUUUAAAAUCCGGAGCUCUGUCUCUUAAUAUCCGUAAAAAUCGUUUACCAGAACGAUUCAAACAAACCACCUUACUAUAUUCUGAUACAUUUUAUCACCAAUUUUCGUUUCCUUCACGAUCUACGUAAAAGGAAUCGAUUAAAACAAUUGAUAUUUACAAACACACACGUUUCCUCAACGGUGAUUGAUUUUUCUACAUACUUCAAAAAUUAACUGCUAUAGUCGACGAACGACUACAUACUCUUUAUGAGAUUUGAAAUAUUGGCCUUCUUUCGCAAAUCGUACUUUGUAAAUCAUUUUCCUCUUACGUGGUUCAUGAAACCAUUUUAAGCCGGAUUCAGUUUUCCGAAAAGACACAGUAACGACUGACGACAUUCUUGUUUUCACAUAGUCGCCGUCGAAACAAAGCCAAAUAACGAGACAGAGUCCCGGAUAAAAAACCUAUCUAUUUUCAUGAAUGCAUUACGAUAUUUAACGAGAAAGUAUACUUACACAUUUAUAAUACAUAUUUGACAAAUAUAUGUAUAUAAUAUAUUUGUGUAUGUAUACGCAUAUGUAUGUAUGUAUGUAUGGAUACCACUUUUGACACGACGAUUAAGUUGAUACGAUUUUUCCGGCGUUUUACCCUUUUGUUGGACUUUCGACGAGGUAGAAAAGUUUUACGAUUUGUCGAUAUCUUUGAUUUGCGCGCAAGACGAUAUACAGUGACGUGAAGGGGAUACGAGUUUCUCUCGUAUCAAGGAAUGAAAGAAAUAAAGAGAGAGAGAGAGAGAGAGAGAGAGAAAGGAAAAGAGAAAGAGAAAAAAUUAAAUUUUUGGCAGACAACAAAAAGGCAGCUCUUAGAAAACGAGUUCGUAUACCGAACCACACAACAAAAGGAAAGUGCUCAGCAAAAGUAAUCGGCGAGCGAACGUCAUCAGCCGCGAAGCAGCACACCCACACACACGCGUACAUACCUACACUCGACCGAAAUACACGCGCACGCACGCACGCACGCAAGCAAGAGUACACGGAGAUACACAUGUACACGUACACGUACACGUACACGAACACGUAGAGACACGCAGUUCUUUCGGCCAGAACCUAAAAGACACAUCAAGGAAAAAAGUACAAGUUUAUCACGUUGCGCCUUAACGUUAAAAUUAAAAGUUGAUCAAAAGAGAGGAAAAAAAGUGAAAGCGUAUUCUUAACCAAAAUCGGCCUUAGUAUAUACUUUUCCAGGACAUGUGAGAGACGCGAGACGGGCGGUCUUCCAUUUCUUCUCCUCCUAUCCCAUUCUCCUUUCUACCUUAUCACCUUUCGUGCCAACCUACAUUUUCUCGCCCUACGUCUAGAUAAUAUAAAGGAAUAUAUUAUAUAAAUAUUAUAUCUCCACCGGCGGCGGGAAGUUUCGAAACCUCGCAGCUAACUCAGCAAACCACAGAACCAUCGAAAAAAAAAUAGAUUUUCCGUUCUCGCCGCGUCAGGUUGGAAUUGAAAUUUUUGGGAUUCGCGUCCACGUUGAAAACAAAAAGAAAUCGCCGUGGACGCGUAACCUUCGUUGUCCUUUUCGAACCUUCUCCUCUCUCUCCCGAUCCCUUUGCUCUAAUAAAUAUACACUCUUUCCUGCUUUGCCCUGGAAACCGAAAACCGCCCGUCGAGCUUUCCACGUUCCGACAUACCCUCACGAACCCCCUCCUACCACCCCUGCAUAAUAUCCUUUCCAGAACGAUAAAGAAAAACGAUGGAAAACACACGAUUCACCACCCAUUCGUGGGAGAGAGACGAGAAACAAUCGUCUCUCUCUCGCGUGAAAAAAAAAAAGAAAAACAUUUCCUGCAUGUAACUAAGUAAGCGACAACGCGAGUGGACGGGUCACCCGGAAAACAAAAAAAUAAAAAAAAAUAAAAAAAAAGAUAUUAAUUAAAGAACGCUCGUUAUCAAAAAGUAAAGGUAUCGGAAAGGAAUGAAUAGAACAGAUCAUCGAGAUUAAAAUCUUAAUUGAAGAAGAAGAAGAGAGAGAUUGAGAGAGAGGUAGAGAGAGGAAGAGAACGAGAGGGAGAGAUGGAAAGAAAAUAUUGGAAUGGAAAGGAUAAUGCGAAAGGGCGGAAAAGGACGACUGUCGACUCGCCGUUCCCCGCGGCCGGGACAAGGAAAAAAUUCGCCGAAAAUCCGGGAAAAUCGAACAGAGCAAAUAGCCUGCACGGAAAGACAUGCACAUUCUAUAUACCUAUACGUGUUAUAUGUAUAUGUAUAUAAAACCGAGGAGGAAUCGACCACGUAUUAUCUCGUCGCGUAGAUCCGCGGAAUUUUUUAACAUCAGUCGUAUUGCGAUCGCAUCUUUAAAGUAAAAAAGAUAGAAAAGAAAAAAGGGAAAAGGAAAGGAAAAAUAAGUGGAGAUUUGUAUGAUUGUCGUUAUUCGCGUACGUAACACGUCUUGGGACGCUCUGGUUAUACGUGGCCGAAUAAACUUAAGAGUUAAAUAAUGAUUCUUGAUUGCAUGUAUAAAAAGACAAAAUGAAGAAAUGGAAAUUUAGAAAGGACAAAAGAUAUGCAAGCAAAAUUUUGAUUAUAGUUUCAAAAUAGACUAUUUCGAUUAAUGAAAAUUAUAAAAAUAAAAAAUUGAAAUUGACAAAUCUAAAUUUGGAAUUUUGGGAGAGAAAAAUACAAAAGAGAGAAUCUGAAUCGUGUUCGUAGAAUCAACAAGUUUUUGUCUAAAGCUAUAAAUUACGUAAUUAUUUAAUAAAAUCUAAUUUGAUUCUAUUUUUCACUGUUGAUAUAACGCUCGUUGAAAUUCGGCUGCGUACGAAGAGGUAUGUCCCAUCGGUGACGUCCGCGCGAUCGGGCCAGCUCGUCUAACUCACAUAGAUAUAAAUCUAAGUAAAUUAGAUCGCGAUCGUUCAGAGCAGAAAUCGAGAGCAGCGUGAUGUGACCAUCGACGGACGACCGGAUGGUGUUUCGGCAGCAAUCUUCAAUUCGUCAUCAUCGUUCUUUUCGUUCUUAAACAGACCAUAGAUGCAUUAUAUUCACUAGAGAUACGCACAGGAAUUCGUUAGAUAUAUUCAUACAGAAUAGAAUCAAACGCCAAAGGGUGCGCGAUUUCUUUCGUUUGAUAUAACGCACACGAGAACCCGCCCUUAACCUUCCGAAGAACUCACGAUGAUCCAACCGACCCGGUCCAAUCCGACAGUUGAUAAAACCGAUGUUAACCGCUAUAACUGGACAUACGAGGCAAUAACGCUAUACGACGCAGGGACAACACAAUAAACAAUCACGUUUAUAUGUAUAAUCAAUACUUAGAAAUAAUUAUUUCUUGCUAACACCGUGGCACAUCGCUCGUAUCCUCUUGAGAUCGAAGAUACGAGAAGAACGAAAAAAUGAAUCGUUUCUCUCGAGUCUCGAUACGAUCUCACCCUCAAAGAGGAAGCAACGUUUGCCUUUUAUCGGUGGUGGAUGAAAAUGUUUCCUUUUGGACGACAUAACCGAAACGAAAUCGUACGAUCGUCGUCGUUUUCGUCGUGUUUUCAUCGACGACGAAAAUUUAAUCAUCCUAAUAAGGAACGCCAAUGAUGCUAUUCCGACGAUAAUUAUCGGCACGAUCGUACGUACCUCGCAGAAUUAAGAAAAGUUGAUCGAUGCCAAAAGCGUAUCGUAUCUCUUUCUCUGCUUCCUUUGUCAUUCCCUAAAUGGUAUGAUUUUUGUUCGUUUCGGUAAUCCAAUUCACCGAGAAGACGGCGUUCGCCAGACGAUGCGAUGAGCGAUGCUCCUCCGAUGAUCGAUCUGUGAAGAAGCCGAACGUAUGUAAAUACGAAAGGAAUAAGGAACAAAGAAAGAAGAGAGAAGGAGAAACUCGGAUAAGGAUAAUAACGAUGAAGAGGAGGCCACUAGCGACGAACGAUAGUCGCUGGCCCAUGAGCGUGGGUAGAGCCGAUCGACGUAACGUAAAACCCGAAAAAACGUAACUCUAAACGAAUAAUCGAUGGAAACCGAGCACGCCGCUAUAUAUAUAUAUAUCUAAUAUAUAAAAACAGAACAGCGAAAGGAUACUAAAAAGGCUUACAUUAUCGGGAUGAAUAAAGCAAAAGAAAAAAAAAAAGAAACGAAAAGGAAAGAAAAGAAUAACAGAAUAAAAUGUAACCUAUGUACUUAACAAAACAAAAAUCGCAGAAAAAAAAGGAAAAGAGUUGAGAAAAAAGUAAAUUAAUAAAAAAUCGGAAACCUUGCCACUUGCAAUUCGUUUUUAAGACGCGACGCGUUCAAAGCAAUUCGCACGACGUACAUACUAUAUGUAUAUACGAACAUUCUUUGUAGAAAAAAUGAAAAGGAGAGAUAGAGAGAGAGAGAGAGAGAGAGAUGGAAAGCUUGCGCGAGAGAAAGAAAAUCGGAGAGAAAGGAAAAAAAAAGAAGGAGAAUGAAGCGAGAGAGAAAGAGAGAGAGAAAGUGAGAGAGAGAGAAAGAGAGAGAGUGAACGAGAGAGAGAGAAAGAGAGAGAGAGAAAGGGAGAGAGAGAGAGCGAGGAUGAGAGAGAAAGAGAGAGUGAGCUGGGAGUAAGAGAGAAUGCGUAACUCGUAAUAAAAGAGAUUUAACAAAAAGAGAGAAUGAGCGAGAGAAUCGGUGAAGCUGAUCCGCUAAUCGACAUUCUGAUUUUUCGCAGAUUUUCGCGCGGGACAAGAGGUGUGUCCCCUCCGAGAAACUCACGACACCCGGUCCCCACUCCUGUAACUACUAUCGCCAUUACUUACCCCACUCCUCCUUCUCCUGAACACCCAUAAUCCUUUCCACGAGGAAAAAGGUUUUGCUUCCAAGAUCCAUAAAAAAAAAAAACGCGUUAUUGAAACUAUAAACUACCUAAACAAUAAUUAUUAAACGAUAAAGAAGGGUUAAGAGUAUUUGAUUAAUUGAAUUAUACCUAACGAUUAAUUAAAAGUAACUAAUGAAUAAUGAUACUUAACGAUAAUACGAUUAAUGAUAUAUAGUAUAAACGGUACGAAACAACCCGGUACAUGGCGGCUAACAAACCAUCCACCGUGACCGGACGGUUCUUCCUGAUCGAUUCUCCGAUGACGAUAUUAUAAGAGAAGAAAUGAUAAGAGAGAAUAAGAGAGAGAUAGAGAGAGACAGAGAGAAAGGAAGAGAGAGAGAGAGAGAAAGAGAAGAAGAGAGAAAGAGAGAAUAAAUAAAUAAAAUAAUAAAAGACGUCGAGGAUGAGACCGCGACGUCGCGAUCGUCCUGAAAACAGAGUUCCUUCGUUUCUCCUGCGAGCGAGAGCGAAGUGUCCAAUAGGAGACGCUUUUUUCCAGGAUAAGAAUCGGUAGAAGAACUGUCGCGCGUCCGAGUGGUCGUUUCUUACCCAUCAUUUAUACGCUAGCUUGUAACUUGAAAUUUAAGUGUAAUAAUGACGAAAAUGAUACAUAGGGAAAAAAGGAACACGUAUGUACGUACACGAGUAUACACAACGUGAGAGCGCGAAAGGAUACGCGAGAUGUGAAAAAAAGAGAGAGAAAGAGAAUAACACUUAUUACACACACAAAAAAGUACACGGAGAAUAUACAUACGACACAAGCAUUAAUGAUACCUAAUAAUAUAAUUAUAUUAUUGAUAUAAACUUACGAUUAUGAGCUAUCCUAGUGGUAUUAUAACGACGACAUAGUUGAUUGAUCUGUUUAAUAUUGAAUGUCUGUAGAUCACGGAGCGUUUGGAACUCUAUGCUACACCCCUUCGAUCAUCGAUCGAAUGAACCCUUUCCCUAUACAAUUUCCUCCUCCAUUUUCCUCCUAACCCCGGAAUUUCGAUCCCACCUACCUUAAAACAGCGCCCCAAAUUAUUCACGAGACAUCAUUUCUAAACGAUCGUCGAACAUCGAUUGGUACGCUACCGCGAUUGGUCAAACUAACCCCCGUGAAAAAAAAGAAAAAAAAAACGUGAGAAAAAAGAAAAAACCGCGAAAUUCAUUAAUAAUAUGAUCGACGAAAACAAGAAUAAGCACUGAGAAACAAAACCCUUCGUUAUUUUUUUUUUAAGAAAAAGAAAAAGAUACGAGCAAAGCUGGAGCUACCUCGAAAGUAUCGCGCGAAGGAUUCUUCUUUCUUUGUUUUCGUGGUUUUUGAAUAACCUGUUAUGCGUAUGCACGAGCAGUAAAUUCGUACUACGAGCAUGUUUUUACGAGACACAAUCUUCCCCUCGAACUGGUUUUCCGUUCGAAAUUUUUCCCGUACUCGCGCGAGCUACUCGCGACAAUUAAAGCGUUCUCAACCAACCGGUUUUACGUUGACGUGACUACUUAUAGCUAUCAGAAAGCUCAACGUAGCUUUCCUUCGUUACUCAUCUACCGAGACAAGCUCGUACGAAUAUCUGCCGAGCAUACGUCAAACCUUCGUUCGUUAAUUAAUUUAAAGAAAUAUUUUAACUUAACGUUACAUCAGAAUUAAGAUUUACAAAAUCGAUACCAUUAAGGUAUACACAAUCACGAUCCUACCGUCAGAUAUCAAAAUCAAUCAACGAUCCUUCGAAAGGAUCAUUAAUUAAUGGUCACAAAAAAGAAAUUAAGAAACGACAGAAACUACUGGUAACGCGACAACCUUCGCGCGCGAAUGAUCAAUAAUAAUACCUAGAGGAAGCGAAAGCACGAUCGAGAUUAAAAUAUGAAGAUAAUAAAAAGUAUGGAAAGAAAAAAGAGAAGCGAGGCCUAGAAAGAGAAAAUUCUGUGUGAAGAAAUUCCUCCAAACCCCUCUGCCUCUGUUUUUUAGGCAUACGUGUCGCGUGACGUCCAUCGAUAAGAAUUAAUCAAGAAGAAGAAACGAAAAAAAAAGGAGGACAGAAAGAAAGAUCAAUCGAACCGAUCUAUUGUUUAUCGUAAUAGCGUAUCCGCUUAUUUUAAGAGAAAUAGAUGAUCCCGUUUGACACGGAAUCAAACAUUAUUCUUCUCGAUCGACGUCUCCGCCUGUAGAUUCGCCUCUCUAAUUGUUGAGUUUAAGUUUUAUAUAUCAAGAACUUCAUCGCGCAAAUCGAGGACUCGAUCGUUCGAUAUCCUCGAUCUCGCAUGUUGUAUCUUUGUACAUUUCGCAAAACGUUCGUGAUCUCAACGAGAGAGAAUCGGACGACACUCUGUUUUUCCGUAUUAACGAUACGUUUUAUCGCUAGUCAAUCUUUUUAACGGAAUCGCGUUCAGUGCCACUCCUUCCUCCUUAUUCGAGUGGCCGGAACACGGUGAUUCUCGAGAUCUGUACGAAAAGAUUAAAAUUGUUUUUGUUUUAUUGGUUACAUACUUUGACUUUACUGCUGUUGACUCGUUAUCCAAGUUAUGGAGACGAGAAGAGAAACGAGGCUGGUCCAUCGUAAGUUAAAAAAAGAAAACGAUUGUUUACCGUUCUGUUUUUGUUUAUUUUCUCUUUUUCGAUUUAAUUUCGUGAGGUGGAAGCGGCACUGUCACGGCUCUGAUUACUAUUCGGCGAUGUCCGCGUUAAAAUAAUGGUUCAUCGCCGGAUGGCUAUUGUACAGACUUCGCCGUUAUCAGAGGGUAACACGGACAGUAGGGGAAAGCAGUAUUAAUGAAUUAAUUAGGGACGACCUUUAAGAGCCACGCAUAUUUAGUGGAACGCUCGUACGAACGUGAUCAACUCGUCGGAAACGUUAUAUUAUAGUUUUUAUCGAACGAAAACAAUAAUCAGCGAUUUAAAAAGAAGAAAAUCAAAAAUUGCUAACUACACAUGAAACAAUAAAAUCCAAUUCGAUAUUUGUUAAUGUUUAAUGUUGAACUUUGAAAUGAUCGAGGAGUCGACGCAACGAUCGUACGAGCUUCGCUUCCUUCCACAACCAUAAGCAAUGUUUCCCUCUCCGACGAAAUUCUUCAAAAAUCAAGAAGAAAGUAUAAAACACGACACAUUGGAACACGCAUUCUACACACGCACCAUUACACGCACCAUUACACGCAGGUUCUUCGCGUUUUUGUCCUGGAGUUAAUGUACGUACAAGAAUGGCCAAUCUCUAUGAUCUAUUACGAAAGUUCGCGACAACCGCAAACCAUCACAAUUUAACGCGUAAAUGAUGCAGACAACGAGAUGCCGCGCAGUGCACUCGUACAGCCUUCCCAUCAUUUCAACCGGAUUUAUGUUCUCUCAAACAAACUAAACGUCGACGAAACUUCUGUUCGGGCCGCGUCGUGACGAUGAUGUUAUACAAAUAAUCGUACAGUAUCGUGAUCGUCGUUGAUACUCCGGCGAAUUACAAAUAGUACAAAAUAAAAAAAAAGACUGGUUCGCUUUUGGUCCGUACAACAUGCGAUCUUGGCCUUUAUUAUUAUCAUCAUCGUUAGUCAAAGUCACAAUCGGAUUUCGUUGAACAUCACUCGACAAUCUCUCGAUUUUUCCAUAUUAAACCAGAGACCAAAGAUCUUACAGAUCAAACAUUCCGACUCAACCGGUUUUGAUUUAACCAAAUUCCAGAACGACCAUGUCCGAUCGAAUUCGUUGGAUCCUGACCGUCUGGUACGUACAUUAAUAUCCAAAAGCCAUCCUAAACCCUGAACCUGAUCCCAGCAAAAUGAUAGUUCAGUUCGACCUGGGCAAAGUCAGGCGAGCGUCGGGCCGGCUCUCAAUUUUGAAAUAGCCAUUUCGACUAAAAGCGAAAAAAUGACAGACCCCCAAAACCCGAUGCAAUAGAGGAAGGCAACCGGAUCAAAAUAACCGCCACACGAAUCAACAGUUUCUCGCGCGGGGCCCGGCCGCGGCUGCCAUUAGAUAACUCCGCUUAAGAAAAGGAAGAAAAAGGAUUAUCCUUGUCCACCCUAUGUCCUUUUAUAUCCUAAAUCCUUCAACCCUGAUAUUUCCUGCUUCCAAAACCUCGAUCCUUUCCCUCUUACCUAUCCCCAUCCAGGCUGUUAAAAGGCCAGGGACCUCAGAGGAUAUCUAAAUAACUUUAUUAGUUGCGGUAGCCUGUUAGCGCCGGGGGUGCAUAAGUCCCUCGUGGGCCCGCAAAAAAGAACGUCGCCAGGUUAGCCGCGGCCACGCAAGCUGCGUGGAUUCGGGUCCCGCGCCCACUCUCACUCACAGCACACACUGGGCCGACUCGUCCGAUAGAAUGUGCCUUCAGUGUUGAUUUUAUACGAAAAAAAUACUAAAAUUAUACAAAGGGGCCCGACAUAGACCGAACGCCCACCCAAAGCCUGACUGGUGCUCGCCCGCUGCCCAUUUUUUUCAUCCUCAACCGGUAACACGCAAAAGCACACACUUACAAAAGCAAGCACACGCACACAAGUACACGUACACAAGUACUCGCUCUCUGGACUCAGUCGACUCUGCUUUUUGGUUUAGCUUGGAUUUCGUGAAAGUCUUAGCAGUACUCAUAAAAAUUCCUAUUUUUUUCUAAUCAUUGAGAAUUGAAAAGACACAUUCGAAUAUAUAAUUCGUAAGAAAAUAGAGAAGACGAAAGUUUCAAUAGUAACGUAAUGUCUCCACCCUUGUCUUAGGGUACGAAGAGAGAUCACAGGUAAUCCCUCGAGCAGGUUUUCAUCCUCGCGUCACAGGAGCUCUUAAUGGGCUACCCUCCGAGAGCAGCAGCACAACCUAUACCAACUCGAUGACUUCCGCGGAAUAUCCGCAAUUUGACAUAUGAAAUAUUCAAGCUAGUACCUCGCUCGCGGUGCACCGAGUACACGCGACGUUUUCUUCGAAGUGUCGGCUUCUCCACUAAGCAAAGAGUCUAUCGAGAAAAAUGAGAGAGACAGAGAGAGAGAGAGAGAAAUAGAAAGAUAAAGAGAAUAAAAGUGCUUAAAAUAAGACAUCGAACACGUUACAUACGCACGCACACGCACGUACACACACAUUCUCCAAACCCACCACCCCAGCAUAAAAGAAGUUUUGGUUAUCGCAAGGAGUUCGGAACGCUGCUAUGCACUGAUAACACACACGUAUAUUGAUUAAAUGCAAUUACUAUGCGAUAAGUAUACUUACAAUAAUAUAUAUGUGUACUAUGGUCUCUCCCACUCCCCAUCGAAAAUGCCCGAUCUUGUUACGAUCGUGCGGCCAACUCGGUGUGCCUCUAAGAGAUUCACUAGAGUUUUGCCGCGAUCGAUCCUAGCUCGACGGUGCCUCACACACAGCACACGUAACACCGAUAAACCCCCAUAACACCCGUAACCCUUCAAACUAACAGCCCUUCCCCCCGAAAACAUUCCCUGAAACUAUGUCCCAAAACUACAAGCGUAGAAUUAACCGCAUUAACUAUGAAUGACAAGAGCUACGUAAGAGCUAACUAACUAACACUACAAUUAAACUUACUUAAUUAUUAACAAUUAACAAGCAGUAAAGCAGUAUAAACAGUAAACGCCCAAUAAUCAUUGAAUUGUGUGUCGACAACUACAUACUAACUACCUACCGUAUAUCGAAGUAAUAGCCGUAUGUAAAACGAAUGAAAAAAAAAUAACUUGUAUUCUACCAGUUGUAUCAGCCAGUCCAGUUCUAAUAAGCAAGCGAUUAAAAAUAACCCAAUGCCCGAUUUUAAGCCCGAACCGUUUAGUCCUUCUUCUCCUCUGCUCCUAUUCCAUAGUCCUUCCUUCUACCUUAUCAGGUACCCAAUCCGGUGGAUUAACCGAAUCGCGAGUGCCGCGAGAAUCGUCCUUCUAUCCCUUCCGACUUAUCCGAUCUACCACCACUACUACCAACAUCCGAUCCGAAAAAAAACUCCCGAUCACUGAUCAAAUCCACGGAACGAUAAAACUCCCUCGGUAUAAAUAAAAGACGCAGUAAAAAAGAAAAAAAAAAUAAACGUUAAAUCCCGCCGAAUAAAAAUAUUAACGAUUAGUGUUUUUCCGUAAACAGCUUUUACGAAGGACGAAGCAACCAAACCAAAAAAAAAAAAAUUAAAAGUAAAAAAUAAUAGUAUACGAAAGGAAAAGAAUUCAAGAAACAGAAGACUUCGUAUCGUAUUACGAUUGUAUGCACAUGUGUGGGGAGACCAUGUAACUUUUAACUCCGCCGAUCACGAUCGCCGUCUCGGCACUCGCGAUCAGUGCCUCGGGGAGAAUCUUUUCCCAUAAAAAAGGAGAAGGAGAUCCUCGCGUGACGACCGAUCGCGAGUACGAACGCGCGAGAUUAGCCCUCGAACCCACCUUUACCCACCCUCCACGAACCAGCUAUCAUUAGCAGCUACGUCCCAAAAUAUCCAAUCUAACCCACGAAUUCCACCCACGAAAGACUAGUCACCACCACUAUCGCAGCCACCACCGUCACGAACCACUACCAUCACCGCCAUCACCAUCGUCCCGUCCCAGCCCUCUCUUUAUCUACCCGCAACCCUCGAUUCCCUACGUGUUGUAUUAUCCGUUAUUUUCGAUAUAAUAUUAUAUAUAGUAUACUAAUGAUAUUUAAAGAUAAUACGACGACGAUAAGGUAUGGGAGACGUUUGGUCACACACAGAUAGGACAUCACACGGAUUACGCCAUCCUCACAUGACCAUUUUGAUCGACACACACACAUACAUACCUACAUAAUACAUAUUCACAUACAUACAUAGUUUACAAACGCGCGCAGACACCGAAAAGAGACUUACUUACAAAGAGGGAGAAAGUGAGAAAGAGAGAGAGAGAGAGAGAGGGAGAGAAAGAGAGAGAGAGAGAGGGAGAGAGAGGGAGAGAAAGAGAGAGAGAGAGAGAAAGAGAGAGAGAGAGAGAGAGAGAAAGAGAAAGAGAGAGAGCGAGAGAAAGAAAGAGGGAAACACGCACGUACACGUACACAUACACGUACACGCACAGUAACAUACGCGCACGCACACGAAACAGGUACCAGCUGUAAUAGACAGAUGUAAAACAAGAAAAAUAAAGCAAAAAACAAAAAAAGGUAAACCAUGAAUAACAGAACACUAGUUGCCGUGCAGUUUGUGAAGAUAUAAUAAUACAAAAAUAAAACAUAAAAUAAAAUAAAACAUACACGUAAUGAUAACCACCGACCUACCCGCGGGUCCGCUUCGUUCUUAAAUAGCCCCGCGAGGCCAGUAGUCGGCACACGCCCCCUUUACUUUACCAUCGAGAUCGCUCGAGGAAGCACAACGAGGACGAUCCGCAGGGAUUCCGCAGAGGAGGACGCGAUUAUAUAUAUCCCGUCCUCCUCCUCCUCCUCCUCCGCUAAAUGAGCUCCUCCUCGUUGAUGCAAGAUCCUCAAGCGAAUCGGUUAGCGGGGCGCGUGAGUCGCCGGCACGGACUCAACGAGAUCGGGGCGUGAGAAUAAUAUCUGCCUCAGCGUAGCUAAACGUUUUUGUACAGAGGACUCUAAAUGGAGAUUGCAUUUAACUUGAUGUAAAAUCUUGAGUUUACAGAGCAGCACUAUACAUACCACACAGAUGAAUGUAUAUAUUUUUACGUUACAGAAUAUGCCUGAGCUUUAACAGACAGGCGCCAUAAGACUGGUUCUCAUUUCCCACGAAACAAUGCGUAUAUAAAUGCCACAUAACUUUUAACGAAGAGAUUGCGCGAGAGAGAGAGAGAGAGAGAGAGAGAAAGAGCGCGAGCGAUAGAGAGGUAUUGAAAAAAAAAGAGGAUCCUAUAUUAUAAUGUAAAACCUAAUGAUAUUUGUAUACAGUAAUGCGACCCACCUGGUACCAUCGAACCGAGACACAAGGGGGUUGGAAUAAAAAAGAAACAAACAAACACACACGUACACGCCAACGGUCAAUGAGACUUAGGGCUGCCCGCUAGCAACACCAAGGUACCGCGAAGACCGUUCGGACAAUUCGAGAGGUCGAUUCGUGCGAUCUGUCGAUCAAGGAAAAAUCAAAAAGAAGAGAAACGACGUGAAAGGGUGGGAUAGGGGAUGGGUGGUGAGAAUAAACAAUGUGACGAAUCGAUUCGACUCUCGAAUUGAUCCAAACGGUUGACGGGUACUAAACUCGAUAUUAACCGUCGACGAAGAGACCGAGGGGGUGUGAAAGAGCGAGAGAGACAGAUAGAUAGAAAUUAAAAUGAAAGAUAUAGCUGAACGGACGCUAAUAAUUGGCAUUCGAAUUCGCGACGCAACCCGUGAGAACGUUUUUUACACACCGUGCUAAAUUAACAUCCUGAUUUUUACAUUAGGCCGUUAUCUCCGCCGAACCUUAUCGAAAACUUCCAACUAAAAACCUCAAAAAAAUAGGGCGAAGAUAGAGAGAGAGAGAGAGAGAGAAAGAGAGAAAGAAGGAGAAAGAGAGAGAGAUAGGGAGUGAGAAAGAUAGAAGAUUUGUCGUCGUCGUCGAGACGGUAUUGUUUGUCAAGACGGUCGAGAUGUAAAGAAAAAGAGAAAGAACAAAAAAAAGGAAAGAUAAGAAUGAAUGAAGGAAAGAUGGCGGCGCACGAAAAGAACCCAGGGUGUGUUGCCUGCGGGUACCCCGACAGAAGCAUAACGCGGGUAGGAGUUUCUAAACAAGAAUUCCCGAUGCACUCGAGUUCCCCUGCGACUCGAGUCGAGCGGGAAGGUCCUAAUUUUCAAAAUAAAAAAAUUAAUAAUAAUGAUAAUAAAAAAAAAAAAAUACUAAAUCCGUGCUCGCGGCUUCGUCGGUCGGAGUUCAACGCGAUACAACGAUCUUCUUGAUAUUGGCUCCUCGGAACAGAUUAAUAAACAUUUUGGUAACGAGAUCAUGGCUUGGAACAAACAUUUGAGAUAGAUGAAUGGGGACAAUAUCGAAGAUGACCGAUAGAUCGCGUUAAAGCAAAGACCGACGGACCGAGAGGCUAUUCAUGACACACGUUUGAGUUGCAGUGCAAGCGAACAUCUGUAGAGCCAUAUACGUAUAGUAUGUUAUUGUAUCUUUAAAGAAAGGCGAAGAUUAAGAGAGGAUAAAGAGAAAAAAGGAAGAAAAAAGAAAAACAUUGUGGAAGAAAAAUUUACUCGAAGACAAUUAAGCGUAGUAAGUGUACAUUUUUAUAAAGGUCGCGGUUGCAUUUCGAUAAACCAAAAAAGAAACGUUCGAUGCAGCAAAAACGAAAUAGACAGGGAAAAAGAAAUGGAAUCAAGGGGUGACAGAAUUUGUAGCGAGGAAUCUUGAUAAUAAUAUUAAUUCGAAACAGAGACAGGAGAAAGAGAGCGAGAGAUUCGAGCGAGAUGUGAAACAAUAGGAAGAGAGGGAAUGUGUGAGAGUGAAUAAGAUAUGGAUGCAUGAGAAAAUGAAAGAGAGAGAGAGAAUGAAACGAAUGAAACAGAGUGUGGUAUGAUAAUGAGCGAACGUAUGAGUGAAAAGUAAUAGAGUGAUAGAGAGUAGGAAACGAUGAGAGAAGAAGAUAGAAAAAGAAAAGUAAAAGACAGAUAUGACAGAGAAAGAAGAAGGGAAAACGUAGAGAAGGGUCGUUAUGAUCCAACAUCGCGAUGGCGGCUUGGUCACCGGCGGCCCCGUCCGAAACGGGUGCAAGUAACUUUAGGUGUAUAAAAGAAAAAAAUGAUUAAAAUUUUACCUAUCCUCUCGUGGUUUUUAGACAUUAUUGUAAAAAAAAGAUAGAGAGAGAGAGAGAGAGAGAGAGAGGGAGAGAAAGAGAGAGAGAAAAAGAGAAGGAAAGAAAGAAACGAAGGAGUUAUUGUGUGACUGUGUUAUUAGUUGAAUGCGAAGAUGUAUGAGAAAGAAAGAAAGUUACAUGACAAGCGUGAAUGAAUGAUCGAAAGGGAGAGAAAAAGAGAGAGAGAGAGAGAGAGAGAGAGAGAGAGAGAGAGAGAGAGAGAGAGAUAGAGAUAGAGAGAGAGAGAGAGAGAGAGAGAGAGAGUGAACAAGAAUGAAUGAAACGAGAAGCCGAAGAAACAUUUAUUGUAAAUUUUUGGGAGUGAUUUGGUCGCUUGGUGACUGUGCCAUGAUCUCGAUGAAAAUACUUAAAGUUUCGUGCGAAAAUUCGAAUGGAAAGGAACGUGAAGAUCAUAAAUUGUCGACGUUGUAUCGAUCAAUCGAUCGUCGAACUUCGUUUUGACGACGUAACGACAGUAAUUGUAAACGUUUCUCUCUGUUUGCCCAUACGACAACGUACUUCCUUUUUCUUUCUCGUACGAGAAUAGAAAGGAUAAUAUUUCGCGACUUUUUUCGAACAAAAAUGAAGAUACGAGAAAAAAAGACAAAAAAAAGAACAAAAAUAAAGAAAAACAAGGAAAAAAGAGAAAGAGAAAGAAAUAAUGGAAACGAGAUAGUCAUUUCGUGAUCCAAAGAGAUCCGACGCCCGUGCUCACUUUCGAUUAGAGCACAUUUGUUUCGAUUUCGAAAUCACGUUUCUGGGGCUUUUUAUAUAUUUUUGGCAACGAUAUCUCUUGAUAAACUUAAGGUAUAUAAGCGCAACAAAAUAAUACAUGACGAUUUGGGGAAAGCUGACGAAAGGGGCGUGCGUUAUUAGACGAAAGCACUUCGCUACCGUCUAUUGUUAAAUAAGAUUUCGAACAGAUGCGAAAUAAAAAGAGCGUGCACGAAUGAUAAAUUCAAAGAACAUAAUAAAAAUGAUCGACUGGUGAAAGGGAAGAAGAUAGAGUGCGUAAACGAACUUGAAAAUGAAACAAAGAGAGAUUGAGUGUAUGUGAACGUCUGUACGUGUGUGUGUGUGAGAGAGAGAAAGAGGAGGAGAAAGAGAGAAGAGGAAAUAAAAGGGGAAAGCGGUGGUAAAAUAAUAUUUAAAUAUUCGUAUCAAAACAAGAAAAAAAAUUGUGUAGGGCCUCGAUAUACUGGUGUACGAAAAUGAGUGGAAUGACAUGAAAGCGUUGUGAAAUGAUAAUUGAGAGAAAGAGCGAGUAAACGAGCGAGAGAAAGAGAGAGAGAGAGAGAGAGAGAGAGAAUGAUCGAGAAAAAAAGAGAGCGAGAGAGAGGGGCCGAAACUACUAAAAAUAUUUAUAAUAUAUGGCUACAAGUACAAAUUACUUCGACUACUGAGCGUAGGUGUAUUGAUGUGUGAACAAAAUUUGGUUGGCCGAUGACCGUUUUUGAAAACCAUCAUACUGCGUAUCAAAGUAUGUAAAAUUUAUUGAAUAAACGCUAGCGUAUUAUGAUAUAAUGUAAUCUAAUAAUGUAAUAUUGUAAUGACGAGUCUAAAUGAUGAUGUUAAUUUGAAGUUUAGGAGCGCGCGUGAGAGUGCACAUGAAUGAAAAAAAAGAGAGAGGACAAAAAAAAGGUUAUUGUGCAUACGAAAACAAAAAAAAAGAAAAAGAAGAUAAUGACAAAUUACACCUUUAUAACGAUUAUCAGUACGAUUAACGAUUAUUGUAUUGCGAUUUAAAAGAGAAAAAAAAGAGAAGAAAGAAACGAUUGUCAAUCACUCACCACAUUUCGUUAAUGCCGCCACGCGUUUUUAAACGAUUUUACGCUCUUUGGUCUCACCCUUUGUUCUAUCUGAACGUUUACGUAUGAUUCCGUUCGUAAAGACGUUCGUGAUUAUAGCGGCGAUCACCGGUAAAAAAUAAUAAUAAUUAUUAUUAUUAUACGUGUAUUGUACAUGACAGCGAGAAAAAAGGUAUGAGUUGUUCACAAUUUCGAGACACAUAUAUACGUUCUUGGCAAACUAUACAAAAAGAAAAAAAGAAAGAGAAGAUCGACUCGAGCGCUUAAAAAUGGGGAAAAUGAUUGACGAGUACGACAGUGAGAGAAAAAGGGAGAAAUUGAGAUACUGAGAGAGAGAGAGAGAGAGAGAGAGAGAGAGGGAGAGAGAGAGAGAGAGCGAGCGAGAGAGAAAGAGAGAGUGAUUGAAUGAUUGUGUGUGAUACGUGUGAUAUGUACGAAUAUGUAUGUAAGCAGAAACGAUAGAGUGAGAGAAUGAAUGAGAGAUAAAGAGUGAAAGAAAAAUAUAGAGAACGAAAGAAUGAGAAAACUAGCAUGGGAGAAAAUUCACACGCUGAAUUACUCGCACGGGAACAAAACGCUCGACGGCCCGCACGACUAGAGAAACAAGAAUAGGAGAAAUGCGCACAAAUGAUAAAAAAAUUUUCAGUCUCGCGAAAACUCGAUCCUCGGCGACGUUCGGCAUGGAUCGGCCGAGGAAUAAGACGAUACAAAAAAAAUGUAGAAGGCGACGGCUAACUGGCCACUUUUUCGGCGUACACUAAUUCCAUAUCCGAGAAAAGAUGGAUAUGAAAAUCUCAUGGUAAGCUUGCCCGCACCCGGCAGCGACGCACUCUCGGCGCCUCGCUAAAUUCUAUUUUUGUAAGCAUAUUUCUAUAAAGGUAUACUAACGAUAUGGCAAAAUUUAUUAUUCCUAGUGUGGUGAAAAUGAAAAUUGAACGUUUAGAUUUCGUUAGUAUAGUGUAAAGAUGAUGAUGAAAUAAAAAAAUUAACGAUGUCUAGGUCCUAUUCGUGUACUUAAAGGUGAAGUAUAAGAAAAAAAAAAUAAUAAUAAAAUUAUAUCGUCGGCGGCGUCGUAGGUUGUAAAAUUGUACAUAAAUUAUUGCAAGAGGAGGAGCGGUGGGUUGCCUCGCUGAUGCUUGGGCGUGUGGCUAGCUUUCUCCAUUGAUCUUUCGGCCCAGAAGAAUUAUUAUUAAUGCCCCUCGUGGAUGGGCUAAGCAAGCUUUUCGGCCAAGGAAUCAAAAUUCGUUUUCUCCGUGAGUCGUGCGAGCCGUUAAUCGUACCCCGACGUUCCUAACAACGUGUCACAACCGCGAGAGCAAAUAAAUUUAAAUGAAAAGAAAGAAGAAAAUAAGGGUGAAAACAAAACACAAAAAGAGAACAAAGACGGAAUAAGUAUGAAGUUUCAACUGUCUCGUCAAAGAGAGAAAGAGAGAGAGAGAGAGAGAGAGAGAGAGAGAAAGAGAGAAAGAGAGAAAGAGAGAAAGAGAGUAAGAGAGUAAGAGGGAGAGAGAGAGAGUAAUAGUAAAUAAAUGUAUGCGUGUGUGAGCUUGGUGUGUGAAUGCGAGAAAGGAGAAAGGUGGAGAGAGAGAGAGAGAGAGAGAGAGAGAGAAAGAGACAACACGAAAGCUCUCCCUUCUCGAUGACCUAGGGUGAAUUCGGCGACGAUGCACUGCCGCUUUUUGAAGCAAAGAAACAAAAUAAUAUAUAUAAAUAUAAAAAUAUUAUAUUAUAUAUAUAAAUAAAUAAAUAAAUAAAUAAAUAAAUAAAUAAAUAGAUAGAUAGAUAGAAGCACCAAAAAUGGCAGACGGAUAUCGUGCGAAAUUCCGUAAACGCAAGCAGGGUGAAUCGAUGGAGUGGCCUCCUCGAGUAAAAACAAUUUACAUUUCUUUUUUCUAUUCUAGAAAUGAGAUUAGAGCAACUAUUAUCAAAAUUGAUCGUUUUAAUAGGUUUACGUAAAUUUCAACGAAAAAUAUAAACCCCUUUAAAAAUGAAACGAUUUCCUAUAACUAAGCGUGUGUGUAGAUAAUCAAUUAUCGUUCGAUUUGUUUAUAAUAAAUCGCGAGUUUGUUCGAUCACGUGGAUAUUCCUAAAGGAAAGGCCAUUUCGUCGAAACACCAACGAAGCGUCGAUACAUCGGUAGAAGGGAGUGCGAUGGGUACGUGAGAAAGGGCAAGAAAGGGAGGGAGAGAAAGGAUGAAAGGUGAGAUAGUAGCGAAGGCGAGAGUGAGAGAGCAAACGAUAGAGAGAGAGAGAAAGAAAGAGAGAGAAACAGAGUGAGCAAGAGAGAACGAGAGAGUACGAGAGAGUGAGAGAGAGAGAGAGAGAGAGAGAGAGAGAGAGCGAGAAAGAGACGAGAGAGGAGAUACAAGAGUAUCGUAGUACACAGAGACACGAAUCCCAUACACGUUUACAUACACAUCACACGCGCGGACUUACACGAAGGAUAUAACACGCAGGAUACAUCCACGCGAAUAAAACAAUACUACUGACACACAGGGACACGCAAUAUUAUAUAUAUACGACUCCAUAGAUGAUGGCGCGGCACACUCACAUAGUGUCUCUCGGAUUGUUCCACAAAACUUUUCAUUCGAGUUUGCUUCAAGAAACCUUCUGUUUUCUAAUGUAUGACGUGUUGUUGUCGAUAUAUAAAAUAAACUUAAUAAAAAAAAAUACAUAA